CUAAUGUCAUUCUGCGAGUUGUGUAAACCGAAAGCGGAUAGCUGUAGCGAGGGAUACGAGAACGGCUUUCACCAACCUUCAACACUGACGACAGCAUGGCAGCGGCGGCCGUUCCUGCCGACGGGUCUUGCAGCCAGGAAAACGACAAAAAGGCACGGAAACUUCAAGAGUUGUUCCGAGGUCGCUUCAGUGAGAAGGAGGCUAUGGCCGUCAUCCUCGACAAGAAGGGAGACAUCACCGCUGCAGUCGACUUCAUCAUGAAAGGGCCUCCAGAGCAGAUUCGGAAGUUUAUACAUGACAGAGAUCAGACACUUGUGCAAGAACUACAGAGAGACUCUACCAUCAUCAACAAGCACCUGCGGAGUGGCCUCCCCUACACAGUCCGCCAGUUUGGGUGUGGUCCGUGCGACAAUUUCUGGUGGCAGAAAGUGCCGUCGAGGAAGGAGGUGAGCUCAUGCAAGAAGUGUAAAGUCAAAUACGACCCAGUCCCAAGGGGCCAUGAGUGGGGAUGGGCGGAGUUCAAAUGUCCCUGCGGGAACGAAUUCGGUGGGUUCGGCCAAAUGGGCGAGACUGGCAGUCCCUGCUUCAAGUGUCAAAGGAUGAGUUUUCCUCUCAAAAUUCAGCCCCCUCGUAAAAGCAACCGACAACGUCGCUCCACCGACCACGCGUGCAACGGGGCCAACUGUUAUAACGCCGGAAUGUUGGGAAGAGGGGGCUUCGGAGGAGGGGGUCGAGGACGGGGAUGGGGAGGGGGAGGCAGGGGCAGAGGUAACCGCAACCCUCAAUGCUGUCAUCCCCGUUCAAUACGAGCCUCGGGGGGUAAGGUUGUGUUGUACCCAAGCCAGCCGCACAGAAGCACAGGCUCCACAGUCGCAACCUUCUUAACGCAGGACGAUCUCGUCUCGCACGCCGGGACAUUCGUCUCAAGUCUCGUUGAUUUGCGAGAAGAUGACGAAGAGGCUUUAGCCGGAAGUGAUCACGAAGACAGCGAUGGCGGCCCAGCGGACGAUGGCCAGUGACCAGUGACAAAACUUAUACUGAGAUAGGUCUGUCUGAAUUAAUUCCAACUAGAACGAAAGACCAGUUCCCGAGACUGUCUUCAUUAAAAUGCAGAAUAGGAUGUAUGAAAAUUUGUUCUGGUAAACAAUAUUCAAUUCUUGAUAUUACAUUGCAUCAUAUUUCAGUUAUGUGGUGAAUGUUCAUAGCUUACAAAGUGAAAUUGUUAUCAUUGGCUUACAGUGAUGGGUAAAUAUGUACACAUUCACGAUAGCUCAAAACAAACGAGUCCCGGUCGAGAUCUUGGAGACGUCCGUUUGUUCGUUACAGAUUAAAUAUAACUGACAACGCCCUUUCCAUAUUGAUAAAAACAUCUCGGUUAAUAACAGAGUCGACUGUACGAUUCAGUCUAUAUCAUGAGCAUGUGUCUAGGAAUCACUAUCAAAUAGUGAUGAUACCAGGUAAGCGUAUCCUGCCCCACCGCUGCCACACCUGAAAAUAACGUCUCCCAAAUUGCGACCUUGAUGCGCAAAUGUCUCUCUCCAUUCGCGGUCGAGGAAAAGUUAUUUUUGAACACGUUUUAAUAUUGCAUAAUGUGCCAUAAAUAUGAGUGAUACUGGUUACAAGGUAAUACUGCCUUAUAUGGAAUGCUGAUUAUAUAACUUCCCGAAGUUGUCAAAUGUGUGUUAUUUUAAUUGCACGUAUUCAUCAGUUGACUCAAGCAGACAAUAAACCCACGCGACCCAUAACAGAAUUUGUCGCCAGGAACGUGUUACAAAAUACAUGUAACGUCAGCCGUUUUCAUUUUAUUUUCCUGUUCGCUUGGGUAGAUAGAUUAAAUAUAAACAUCAUAAUCCAACACAUAAUCUAUAUGUGCGUAUUGCUAAAGGUUGAGUGACUUCAAAGGUUUUGACGGCAUGUUACACUAUCACAAACUACCAAGUUUUUGAUAAAAGUUUGUGAUAGUGUAACGGGGGUAAUAGGUCAGUGAAAGCAAAAUGACGUCAUACUACUGUAUUGUUGCGAACACUAGACAUGACCUCACACAACAAUAGGUUGACACUGACUUUUCUAUAUAUGUUGACAUAUCAUUCAUAAUUGUAGAUAUUCUUUCCUGAAACGACAUUGGGUUAUAUGUAGAAUAACCUAACCCAACUCGGAAUUAUUGAUGUGUGCCGAGUGAUUGUCCUGAUUGGCGUGUUUUUUUAAUUCUCAAUUCUUCACCUUGGGUCCCGUAUCAGGAAGUCCUGUCACUUCAGCGACUUUUGCAUCACCCUUGCUUUAACAUAGACUUAAGGUAGUAUUAGCUUCGUGAUUUUCUAUUGUAUGACUGUUGUUCUGGGAUGAAUAUAAUGAAAGCAUAUAAGUGUAUAGUUGAUGACUCGUACAAAAUGAUGACGAUGAGGUGAGGUGAAAUGGGGUUUAACGUCGCGUCCAAGAUUAUUGCACUUAUAUAGCGACGUGCAUGUACGUGUGUGUGUUUGUGUGGCUGCUUGUACUAGUCCGGACUGAUGCCGAUUUAUAGUGCUUGCUCACUGAGAUACCAUGCGGCAGUUUAACAUGAAUACCCCACUCAGACACAGUAUACUGACUCCGAGCCGACCAGUCCUUGUUUUAGCCCCUUAAUGCCGAGCGCCAGACAGGGUCUUUUGGUAUGACGCGGUCGGGGAUCGAACCCCAGACCUUCCGCUCUCCGCACUGUUGUGCCUCUGAUGAUUGUGUGCUUGUGAUCAUUUGAUAUAAUUCAGCUGUGAUAAACCAGUCGUGUGUAGGCAGAGUUCUGACCAGGAAGUGUUUUACGUGUCAGUCUAAGUCUUUUUUUGUCACCACAUAUCUUUGUAAUGUUUACCUUCAUUUUGAAAGACAUGUAGCGUGAAAUCAUAUAGAUAGGUAACAAAAGUAUAAAAGUUUGAUUUAAUCUUAUAAAAACGUUCGUCUGCAGUUAGUGAUAAAGUCAUGUUCAUAUAUUGCUGAGAUCUCACACAGCGGAAUUGAUGUAAUAAUGUUCUUCUCCUUCUGUUUGUAUGAUAAUGUGCCGAAUCACACCAAACAGUGCCGCUCAAGGACCAACCAUUUUAUAGUCAGGGGUGAGGGUCAGCGUGGAUGCUGGGAGCUUGUUAGUAUAUUUUGUUACGGAUUCAAAACACAUCUAUGUUUCUCUGAAGGAGGAGCUCAAUUACUUAGGGAACACCACAGCACAAUAGAGACUGAGACUGAGGCCAAAAUAUUCUGCCAAACAUUUUCUGGAACACAUAUUUAACUCUCUUAACUUCAAAGAUCAUGGAAUGGACGGUUGCUUGUCAUGCAAGAAAUACUAUCAAAAAGAAGUUAAAAGAACACUCGAUUGUUUUAAUGACAGCUUUACGAUAGUAACAUCAAGGAGUCGGUGCUGUUUAACUUGUUUUGAAUAGUACACAUAUCAUUGCUCCAAUAUACUCCCGAUUUAUUUCUCCGUUAAAGAUUAUUCUGUAACGAAAAUGUCUUCUGUUUAUUAUUGGGUUUCAUAGCAUUUCAUUGCUUUACAUUGUAAAUGCUUCGUUUGUUUUUAUUGAAAGUUGAAGUAUAAUGUUAUAAGUGUUCGUGCCAAUGUUUACAAGGGACUGUACAUACAAAGUUUAUUUGCAUAACGUGCAUCCGCAAAGGCUGCAUUGUAUCAACCUUAUUUUCCCCGUGAUAUUAGGAUCAAGUGAUGUGUGGUCAACAUGGUAUUUUGUACAUUCAUAAUAUGUGAUAUAUUUAAAUAUGCUAAUAAGUCCUAAAUAAUUUCACUGUGCCAAUAUACUGAAUCGUCAAUGACCAUGAUCACUACUUGCAUGAUGUGCAUAAAGUUGGUUCUUGUGAAAAGGAAUCCAUCGUUACGAUUUGGCUGAAGAGAAGGUACACAGGUAGUGUUGAAGAAAUGGCUUCGAUCACCGAGUCUCUGCAUUGUACCACUAAUGCAUAAUAUCAUUACAUUUUGUUUAACAAAUACACGUACUGUGAUAGGUGAGGACGAACUGAAUAAAUUGCCAUAUGCCAUGAGAAACUAUUCAGAUAAGAUUUUCUCAAAGGCUGAUCCUAAAUAUUUAACUGUUGUCGGGGUAGGGCUUUUAUUUUUGAAAUUUUACCUUUGACUGGGAGGGGGUUCUGUGUAUCUACUUACACUGUUGGAUGGUGGGUGGUUGGGUUCCACGCGUGUUUAUAAAAGUAGAAGGAAUUCUGAUGGGCGUUUUAGGUCAUUGGGGUACAAAUGGUAUUAACUAAAAGGGAGUUUGAACUCCAUGACCCCCUCCCCGAGACCAGCCCGUUCCUGAUCUUGUUGUCACAGCGUUGCUCCCAUCUGAUGUAUUGUGCACACGUAAACUGAGAGACAUGUAUCCAUCCACCCACGUUGAUUGUACAUGUGAAUGACGUGGAAAACUAUUUUUAUAUUUGAUUAUAGUCUACACCUUUCUCCCCCCCCCCCCCCCCCCCCCCCCCCUAUGACACGCAUGGUGCGCCUCGCGGAAGCAGCAUUGCAGAGAUGCGGUUUCUAAUGCGCCCUCAAAUCAAGAACAAUAACUUCAAUAAUUUUAUUGCUGUUUCUAACAGUUUAUCAUACUUCCUGUACAAGUCUUGACAUGAUUUGUAAUAUUUGUGCUAUUAUUUACUCAUUUAUUUUAUAAAGUAGACAGUAUUUAUUAAUAACAACUUCUUUAAUUACUGUUAAGGCGACUUUUGGGUAUUGAUCCUUAUACUGUUGUCUUAUACCGCUUUACCACAGUGUUAGGAUCUAUACUGAAACGUCUCUUUAACAGUAAUUAAAGGAGUUGUUAUCCAGUAAUUGUGUCUACUUUGUCAUUCGUCAAGUUCUAAGUAAUACCUAUCAAAUAAUUUAUUUUUAUUUUAUUUUUGAAACUCCAUGGAAGUCAUAGUCUCUUAUUGAUAUUAUUUUUGUGAUAUUAAUUAAAUUCGAAAUGAUAUUCGAUCAUGGACUUUUCAAAUUUAUAAAUAAUUCGACCAUGUUUUAGGCUCGUUAAAUGUUUUGUUUACUUGUUUGUGACGUUUUAUCAGCGUAGAGAUAUCCUUCUCAUGCUUUAUCUUCACAAAUAUUUACGAUCUAUAUGUUUGUGUAUAAAUCUAAGUAUUUGUUUGCAUAAUUUGUGCACCACAUUUGCACACACGAAGAUAAUGACUUUCACUGCUGGACGCAUAUAUUAUGUGAUGCUUUCUGUUUUGUAAUUACAAAUACAUAAAAUUAAAAAAGUCAUUGCUA